AUGACAGAGGGGAGGUCCCCAAACGGUGAUGUGGAAAGGAUUGGGAAAUUUUCCCCAACGGAAAACUCGAAGAAGUGUAAAUGCACUUAUAAAAGAAGAGAACUGGAGGGAGGUCCAGAAGAAGAAUGGGGAGACGAACAGGACAGGAGUUUAAAAAAAAUAAAUUCUAAUAAGAGCAUUUCGGCAGAGACAAAACCACCUGACCUUGUCAUACAUUAUUAUUACGCAUGGGAGGACAUCCCAACAGUUAACAAAUUGCCUUAUGGUUUAAUUGGUAAAGAAAAAAAUGCUCUUUGGCAGCGUUACGUGCACAAUGUGGGUAUCGGUGGGGGAGGUAACAUUUGUAAUGAGCCAGCCCAGGGGGGAGAAUUGAAUGUGAAGUGUGAGGUGGUUGAAAUGACAAGGGAGGUCAGAUUGACUGAUGGUACGCAGGAUGCUGAACCUAUUGUGGGAGAGGUGCACAGCGGGGAGGAAGACUUCGUGGCAACCCUCAUAUAUGAAGACAUAGUGGAGUACAUUCACAAAAUUAAGAAAAGGGGAUCCAAGUUGAGGUGCACUAGUGAGCACGUAGAGGCAAACAAGACAAACGAAACACACACAGUGGGAAGUGUACGUAAUGAUUCCACCACGGGGUAUCCCCACCACAGUGUCGACCAGCAGGAUGGAGAAGCCAGCUGGGUAGAUGAUUUUGUAACCCUAACUAACGUAGAAAUAUUGGCAAAAAAUACGAAAAUAUUUUUAGCCUGGGAAAAGUUGGAGGUUGUCCUUCCAUACAUAACGACCCAGUGUGGGAGUCCCCGAUCCUGUUUGAGUAAAAAAAGUUUUUUAACAAUGAAGCAUUUGUGUAGAAGCAUUAAGGAUUAUAAAGUAAACGUGUGUCGAUAUUUCGUAAAGUCCUUCCCCCAUGUGGUUCGCAAGAUGGACUCCAAGAAUCACUUCCUAGAUGAGUGUGUCUUUCAGCUGAUUCAUAAUUUUAUAAAAUAUAGCAGUGGGGUGAAUGACUACGAAAUGCUUAGAGUGAUGUGUUCCUUUUCAGAUAAUAAAAAUGCGUGUAUUAUAAAAAAAUUAUCUUUUUUUGUAUUGUUAUUUUUAAAGAAUUUGUCCACAAGUGAGUUGGUGAGUCUACCUAUUCGAGACUUCGCACCGAGCUUCUUACACUUUAUGAAUGCCAAACUCGAGGAGACUAAAAGGUAUAUGAAGCAGACCUUUACACUUCUCUUGACCGUACAUAAUGAGGACGACUUAGUUUCUUUCCUUUUAGAUGGGGCCCCCCAAAAGGGAAAUGUAUCGUCCCUGGAGCGGGAGAUACGGGCCUUCGUGCGGAGUAGAAACUGCGGUGACGCGUGCGAACCUCUCAGGAAGAAGUAUGCCACGUUUCACCAGUUCAGAAAUGCAAAAUCGCUCAGCAAGGCUCACAAGACGUCCUCCUUCGCUUUGUAG